AUCGAGUAUUCAAAGCCGUCACGUGGAUCCUACGAAGCAAUUAUCUCCGAAUUCCAACAACCUCCAAUCCAAUCCAAUCAGUACAGCCGAAGAUUCCCAGUCCUCAGAUGGAGAUGGCCUCUCACCACCACCCCCACUGCCACCACCAAAUCAGCCAACCCACCACUCUUACCAUCACUUCUUGUUGCUGCUGCUGUUGCACCCCAUCUCUCCACCACACAGCAUCACUAGACCCACUUUUCCAGUCCCUAGCCUCUCACCUCCACCGUUCUACCCCUCAACCCCACCUCUACUCUCACUAUCUCAAUCCACCCUAUAACAUGCACCACCACCAUCAAACCCAUUGUUACCCACCACAACCCCACCAACACACACCGCAAAACUUUCAAUACCGUCAGCCCCACCACCAACAAGAACAAACAAUAACCAAUGUCUCCUCUCUCCUCCGCCGCAUCACCGCCCUCGAAUCGUCCGUCCGCCACCAUUCUUCUUCUGCUUCUUACUCUCUCCGUGAUGCCGCCGCCCGUACCAUCCAAACCCACUUUAGAGCCUUUAUUCUUCACAGAUCACGGACCCUCCGUCAGCUUAAAGACCUCGCUUUAAUCAAGUCAGCCCUUAAUUCUCUCAAAUCAUCGAUUUCUGGCAAUAACCGCUCUGAUUGUGAAAUUCUCUGUUACAAAGCCAUGGAUUUGCUUCUGAAGCUCGAUUUUAUUGAGGGUAGUGAUCCAAUGAUUAGAGAUGGUAAAAGGUCAAUUACCAGAGAAUUGAUUGGAUUCAUGGACCUUGUUGAUGGAUUUUCUGUGAAAAGGAAUGAGCUUUCCAGCAGAGUAGGGAAGAGUGUUAGAUAUGCUGGGAGUGAUAACAACCCUAGGGUUUCUCAUAGUGAGAAGAGAGUGGGUGCUGUUGAAUGUAAGGAUUUUGGAAGUGAUAAAAGAAUAUUGCUAGAGAAAAUUAGGGGUCAAGUUGAAAAGAUUCAGCGGUUCUCUAGGGCUUCUCAGGAUGAUGAUGAGAAUGUUAUGGAACUUGAAAAUUCCAAAAUUUUCGUAAAUGGAAAAUAUGGGGUUUCUCCAAAUAGAAGAGGGGUUUUUGUAAAAAGGCAUGGUGAGCUUGAAGCCAAAGUGAGGAGAAGUGUGAACUUUGCAGAGAAUGGGAAUGUGCAUAGGAUUAUUAGCAGCAGUGGUGAAGCCGGUGAGCCUGUUUUAAUUGGAGAUUGUAAUAGCAGUGAUGGGAGUGAUUCUGUCGAUGCUGAGAGAGUGUUUGUGGACAAUCUGGGUAGAGAGAUUGAAGAAAUUAGGGUUUCUUCCAAGAAGAUAGGAUGAUGAGGAAACUCACCCAGAGGAUGCUGUGUCGUCCCAAAUCAGUGAUGGUGAAAGAGAGCCUAAAAAAGAACUGAGAACUGAAGAUAGUAUAUGAGACAAGGAGGCAUUACUAUGAUGCAGAUGGGAGUUUUGUAUUGUCUACUCGAUUGCCUUGAAGAUGGUAGCUAGAGCUGAUUUAUUGAACAAUAGGAAGACUAAAAAGUAGUGAAAUAAUGGGCAAGAACACGAAUUAGGUCUUUAGGCUGCAAAUUUUGUAAUUUUUGAGUGGGAAUUAGGCUUCUUUGUACUCUAAUUGUUAGAUUACACUGAUCAGAAAACUACGCAGGAAGAGGUUAAUGGGAGAUUUGAUUCAACCAAAGUAUGUUG